UUUGUUUACAAAUGCUUACACCAAGCUUACACGUAGCCGGUUUUGUGUGUUUCUGGGGCUCCGAUUUUUGAAUAAUCAAGCAUUUUGGAUGCCGCUGCGAUGUAAAGACCUUCCUGCGAUGCAUACACUUAGGUCUUAGUGUGAUGAGGGUCUUUGAAUUCUGUCUCUGGCUAUAAUUUACUAUUGGAGCCUAAUCUGCAAAACAAGUGGCAUUUCAGACCAAAAUGUUUAAGAUUGAAUCAUACAUCACACCACUCCUGUUAAAUGUUGUAGAAAAAUAUGUGAAAAACCUUAAAGCAGAAGACACACAGGUGUCUCUUUGGGGUGGAGAUGCAGUUUUCAGCAACCUGGACCUCAAGACUGAUGUGCUGGAGCGGGAGCUCAAUCUUCCACUGCGCUUCAUCAAUGGCCACAUCCACGAGAUGCGCAUCCAUGUGCCCUGGCACAAGCUCACCUCUGAGCCCAUUGUGGUUACUAUUGACACAAUGGAAUGUGUCAUGCGUCUGCCAAGUGAUACAGAGAGGCUGGAUUUCUCAGACACCAGUAGUGAGUCAUCCUUCUCAAAGCAGCAGUCCAAUAGGCAAAAGAAGCAGCUGGAAACAGAAGAAGUUCCUCCUGGCUACAUCCAGACACUGGUCAAAAAGAUCACCAACAACCUCAGUGUGGUGUGCAACAACCUGAUCCUCAAGUAUGUGGAGGACGACAUUGUGCUGAGCAUCAACGUUCGCACUGUCAGCUCUCAGUCUGCCGACCACUCGUGGACCCCGGCCUUUACCGACUUUGUCCCCCCGCUGUUGUUCCUACGUAAGCUGGUGAAGCUGGCCGACUUCACCGUCUGUCUGGACCGAAGGAACGCCUCGGGAAAGAUCGAGAGCUACCAGGAGCCGCUGCUGUACCGGUGCUCGCUGGAGGUGCGCUGUCUGCAGCAGUUCAGCGGCCUCCACUCCCCGGUGGCUGACGUCACCCGCUGGGACGUGCUCUGCCCGCAGCUAGAGUUCUCCGUCACAGACGUGCAGGUGCCGAUGCUGCUGCGUCUGAUGGAGCUGACGCGGGCGCUGCUGUUCGGAGAACUGGUGCCGGACAGCGCCAGACGACCCUCGGCCGACGACGCCUCGGACGGCGGCGGCGGUGAGGAGGAGGGCGGCGGCGGCGGCCCGGCGGCCGGCUCGUGGGCCGACUGGGUGUGGUCGGCGGUACCCUCUCCGAUGGCCAUGCUGCCCAUCACGUGGGACGACCCGGAGGAGGAGGGCGACGCUGGAGCGCGGCUGGCCGCCCACGAGCGCGUCGUGCACUUCUCCGUGUACGUGCAGCAGGUGGACUCGGUGUUCAAGAUGUCUGAGCCGUGCCGACCGUGUCCGGCCGGCCGGCGCGCCCGGUUCACGCCCUACCUGCGGCUGAGUGCGGCCGGCGCCAUGCUCAGCUCUGUGGUGCGCGGUGUACAGGCAGUCAGCAGCAGCUGGGGCAUCAGCCACCUGGCGCUGCGGCCGUGCGGCGGCUGCACCUGCCGACACCACCCCGGAACAGACCUGCCGCUCGAGGUGAGUUACCUGGAGCUGGGCCGUCCCAGUGAGGCGUACAUGGCCGGCUCCCUGUUCGUCGACCCUCCCGCCCGGCCGGUGGACACCCGACAGCAGUACAACAUUCAGUGGGACAGCCACAUGAGGGAGAAAACCGAGAGCUGGCUGCUGGAGCGGACGGCCGCGAUGGCUGCCGACUACCUCUACCAGCUGGAGCUGCCGGAGGAGUUUGGCGAGGAGGAUAUGCCGCUACUGGCCGACCUGGAGUACAGCGACCUGCCGGAGCGCUCUAUGUUCCGGUUGGUGGUCGGUCCGUCCCAGGUGCUGGUCACCUCUGGCUCCGUACACCGGCUCAAUCACCUGCUGACGGCGGCGCACAGCGUGGCCUACCCGCCCUACAGUCGACCCCAGCAGGCGGACGGAGAGUCCCGCCCGGGCCCGAUACCGCCCGGAGAGGCGGCGGCGCUGGAGGCCAACACCCCGGCUCGCGGCCUGCAGCUGACGGUGCUGGAGCCGCGGGUCACCGUGGUGGCCGGCCACGGGGACCUGGAAAAGGCCGGUGAGGUGCGCCUCCAUCUGCGCUGUCAGACAAUCCAGUGGAACGAGCAGCAGCCCAUGUACCCGUCCCGGCUGUGCCGGUGUGUCUCCCAGCUCCGGCGGCCGACCGCCGCGCUACUCUACAACUGCCACGUACACACACGAUGCACGGUGACGGCAGGCCAGGCGGUGCUGGUCUCGGCCGCAGCGGACGGGCAGCCCGCCCAGGAGCAGCAGGUCGCCUCCCUCUCCUCCGCCUCUGUGUACUGGAAGGCGCUGCUGGCGCCGGCACUGUGGGCCGGCUCCCAGCAUCCGCUCACCGAACAGGUGUGCCACGCCGACUGGCUGCACUGUGAGCUCAGCGUGCGCCAGGGCGCUCGGCUGCUGCGGCUGUACCGGAGCCUGCUGGCGCCCGGCCGGGGGACUCCCGGCGCCGAGCCGGGCGGCCCGCAGCUGGAUCUGCCGCUGGAGACGGACCUGUGCGGUCUGGACGUGCGGCUCUGUCAGACCGGCUGGUGCUGGGCCGGCGCCGCCAGCCUCGGCUCGGUCCGCUGCCAGCUGGACGGCCGGCCCGUGCUGGCCGCGCCCCAGGCGGCCGACGCGCCGGCGGCCGGCGGCGGCGGUGAGCGGGCGGUGCGGGCGCUACUGCAGCUGCCCACAGCCGCUGCCGCCGCGGACAGCUGCCCGCUGCUGGUGGUUGUCUCCGAGCCGGCCCUGCUCUGCUGGCAGCCGGCACUGCUGCUCUGGCUGUCCCUGGCCACACAGCUGCUGGCUGGUCCGCCGUCGCCGCCGCCGCUGCCCCAGCCUCCCGAGCCGCCGCCGCCGCCGCCGCCAGCGGAGGACCGGGCGUCCAGUCGCUCCGGCCGCCGCUCGCCGGCCGUCGAUGUACCCCGGCCGCACGGACACUCAAGAGCCUCGCGAUCGGCACGGAGCCACACCACAGAGCGGAACCUACCCGCAGUGUCACCCAAUACCCCCGCGGCGGCGGCCGUCUCGCCCGCUCCGCCGGCGCCGCCGGCCGCGCCGCCGCUGGCCUGGCUGCCGGCGCUGGAGCGGCUGGAGGUGCGCCUGCAGAUCAGCGCGGUCACCGUCACCGUGCCGGCCGGCCCGGAGAGCGGCGGCGGGGCGGGUGGGGACGCGGAGCGGGCGGCGGACCCGCCCCCGACCCCAGCAGGCCACCACCCGGCGCCGGUGCCGGGCCGGGUCCGCAGCAGCAGCGACUCGGGCCACCGGUACUGCCUGCACGGCCAGCUGGUCUCUGUGCUGCCCUCGGUCCGACUGGACAGCGCCGUGCUCAAAUCGGCCGCCCUGCCGACAGUGCCCGAUGUGCCCGUCCGGCUCACCAGACCGUCAGCGGCCGCAGGUCGUCCGGCGGCGCCGUGGCAGGCCCGUCUCUCGGGCGCCGAGGUGUACGUCCAACUGGAGAGCGGUCAGCGGCGCGCCCUGAUGGCACCUGCAGAGCUCGAGUGUACCGUGGGGCUCAGCGCGGCGGCCGACGGCGCCGGUCCGCUCAGCCUGGUCGUGCACGCCAACAUGCCCGAGCUGCAGAUUACACUUGGACAGCGGCAGAUCCAGGGUCUGGCCGUGGUGGUGGAGCAGUGUUUCGCCGUGCUGGACCGUGUGGCGCCCCUGAUGUCGGCUGUCGGGACAGACGUCAGCGCAGAGGACUCCAAACUGGACAACGCCGCCCGGGCCAGUCAGAGUGAGGAGGUCUCUGCUCAGCUGCUGCGGUCCCACGAGCUCCGCUCCGACAGCUCCGCGGUGGGCGCCGCCGUUUCGGCCGCGGACCGCUCGUCCCGUCCGUCCGUCUCCGUCUGGCUGCAGUGGACGCUGCCGCGCGUCUCCCUGCUGCUGGUCGGUCCGCCGGGCACCGACCGACUGCUCACCGUCAUGGAGGACCUGGCCAUCUCCAUAGACAGCCAGGCCGUCUACACCAAGGCCAAGCUGAACCUGGCCUCGCUGGAGACAUCGCGGCAGCCGGCCAGAAACGCCAGCUGCUCGGCCUCGGACCGGUCCCCGGUCCGCCCGGACGCCUCUCGGGUGGUGUUCACCAGCUCUCGGCGUCUGACGCGCGCGCUGGUCAUGUGCCCGGACCGGGCCGGCGCCGGCUCGCCGUCACCGGAGCCGGAGCCGUCCCAGCCGCAGCACCGGGCGCUGCUCUCGGCCGUCUGCACCCGCGCGCUGCGCUCCAGCGUGCUGCAGAAGUGGGGCUCGCCGACCGCCGCCACCAGCAGCGGCGGGGAGUGUCUGACCGAGCUGGAGGUGCGCCUGAAGCCCUGUGACCUGGUGCUGACGCCGGACAUGGUGCUGCCCUACAGCGGUCUGCUGGAGCCGCUGCUGACGCCGCUGCUGGCGCGGCAGCAGUCGGGCGGCGGCGGCGCGGUCCCGACCGGCCCGCGACCGGCGCCACCCGCCACGGCCGCCGACCUGCCGCUGCUCUAUGUCAGCUGCGAGCCGGUGCGGCUGUUCCUGCCGUGUGACGGCCGGCUGUGUCUGCUGCAGCUGGGUCGACUGCGCGUCCAGCCGGCCGCCGAGUUCCCUCUGAGUCGGCCCGUGCUGCGGCCCGACCUGUGUCCGCCGGCCGGCUGGAGCGGGUCCGGGCCAGACGUGGACGACCGCCACUACCAGGCGGACGUCACCGGGGUGCUGGUCGCCACCGGCUCCUGGGACGAGGUGCUCGCCCAGUCGGACCGCCAGCAGCCCCAGUCGGCGCAGACGCUGGUCACGAUGGGCGAGAACCCGGCGGUGGAGUGGAACAACUACGACCCGCUGCAGAGUCCGCGGGACGUGACGCUCACCUCUGUGCUGGAGCGGUGUGACGUGCGCGUGACGGUGGCGCCGGCGCUGGCCGCCCCCGGCACCCCGGAGCCCACGCUGCUGGCCGGACACGCGCUGGAGGUGAACGUCACCGCCCCGCUGGCCGUCUCGCUCAGCGUGCGACAGGCGGUGCUGCUGCGCCAGCUGGCGGAUAACGCGGCUCUGGCGCUGCGCCAGCUGCUGGGCCCGGCGCCGGCGGCCGCGGCGGCGCCAGAGGUGGCGGCGCGCCCGGCCGGCCGGCGGCCGCUGGUCGGCGGGGUGCCGCCCUCCCCGGCCGCGGCGGACAGCGGCAUCAGCAGCAGUCGUACCGAGCGGCCCACCGCCGACGCCGUGGUGCCGUUCGAGGCGCUCCUGACCCUGGGAGAUGUGACGGUGACGCUGUACGACCACGAGGACCCUCCACCGUACCACGGCCCGCAGACUGAGGGUAAGUCGUCGCCGGGCCGGCCUGUGCCGCUCCUAUACGUCUCCGCCUCCCAGCCGCACGCCUUCCUGGCGUGCCGUCCCUCCGAGCGGAAACUCCAGCUCUCUGUAUUCGACCUAUCGGUGCUCGCCGGUAACCCGAGUGACCGCGGCGACCCGGAACGGUCAGAGGACGAGCCACCGGUGCCGGAGCGGGCGCGCUUCCCGGUCACCCUGCUGGAGACCAGGCCCGGCGAGCCGCACUCCAAGACGGGCAUCCCUCCGUCGCUGCUGACGGCCACGCUGGCGGACGGCGCCGUGCCGGGCGCGGCGGCGCUCACUGUGGACGUGGGCCGUCCGCUGAAACUCUGCUGGGCGGAGACCGGCGCCCGGCAGCUGACCACACUCGCAGAGGCGGCGCAGAGGAUCCUGGAGCUGCCGGAGCCGUCUGGGACGGAGCCGACGGCGGGGGCGGGCCCGGCGGACCUGUGGACGGAGCUGGGCGGCCAGGCGCGGCUCUGGGCGGCCGUGGUGAGCGCCGUCAGCGUCACCAGCCGGCAGCUGGUGCUGGAGCUGGACCCGGCGCCGGCCGGCGGUCGGCUGCGCGCCGCCGUGUCAGGGCUGAGCGGCGCGCUGCGCUGCCAGUACCUGCCCGGCGAGACGCCGCGGCCGGCUGUCCUCUCCCUGGACGCCGAGACCACCGACCUGUCGGUGAGCUGCGGGCUGCCGACAGGCCCCUGGCGGCCGCUGCUGGCCCCCUGGAGCCCCACUCUGACCGCCGAGCUCGAGUGGGAGCCCUGGAGCCCGCGGCCCUACUGCCGGCUGUUCGUCACCUCCGACGCCCUUGUGCUGGACGUGGGAGCCGAGCAGCUAGCCUGUCUGGAGUCGCUGAUGAAACUGGCACCGGCAGCGAGCCCACCAGAAGAUGGCACUUUGGGAACUCCGCAGCCGAGCACCAAAGACAUCAAAUCUACCGCCAGUCUCAGCCCCAACGGCGUUCCGGACGGUGAACUGCAUUCUUUGGCAACCCGUUCAGAAGACGACCUGCGCCGGGGUCUCAUGGCGUUCUCCCAGGGCGACCACGCCGCCUGUCCGGUCGGUCACGUGAGUUUCGACAAGUCGUCGGGCGUCAUGUCGUGGCGGUACGGUCAGCCGCGCAGCCUGACCGCCGUGCACGUGUACCCCGUGCCGUUUGUGGCCGGCUCCGAGGUGAGCCACGCCUCGGAGGCGGAGCCGGCCGCGGUGAUCUGCCUGCUGCAGUACUACGACCGGCUGCGGCGCCGCUUCUGCACGCUCUGCCAGUUCGAGCUGUCCGAGAGCCAGACCAGCCGACUGCAGCUGCCCAUCCCGGUGGAGACGAGCAAGGCGCCCAGCGCCGCGCUGUGGCGGGUGCAGAUCUGCCUGGAGGACGGCGACGGGCCGGCCGGCCGGCUGGCGGUGUGCCCCACCGCGCUGGCCGCCUGUCUGCGCGUCGACUCCGAGUUCCGGCCGGCGGCCGUGGCGCGGCUCCGGGCCGUGGCCGAGCUGGGCGGCCUGCAGACGCGACUGUGGCUGCAGCAGGCCAGCCGGCAGGCCGAGCUGCCGCCGCCCGUGGCCGGCUACCGCCUGCAGCCCGGCUGGCCCGAGGAGCACGUGUUCCUCACUGUGGCUCUGGACGGCGCGUCCGCGGCGGCCAGCGUGUGGCCCGACAUGGUGCGUCUGCAGGCGGACGGCGCCCUCUCGGUGACAGCCGUCAACUACGCCUACCUGACGGAGGCGCCGCUGCUGGAGCCGGUGCUGCUGCGGCUGGACGCGGUGCGCUCUCCGAGUGCGGCGCACACACUGUCGGCGGCGGCGGCCGACUGGCGGGCGGCGCUGCAGCGGUACCGCCUGGCAGUGGACCGACCGACGGAGCCGGACGGCGGGCAACUGCUGCUGCCGGCGCGCUACGUCCUCCUCAACAACACCGGCUGUCGGCUGCGGCUGGGACAGGCCGGUACGGAGCAGGCCGAGCCGCUGCUGCCGGGUCACGCGGCGCUGCACAGCUGGAGGGACCGGGGCCUGCCGCCGCUGCUGCGACUCUCCCUGACCGACCGGGACGGCUGGAGCCGGCCGCUGUCACUGGAGAACGACGGCGAGCAGGUGGUGCUGCUCCCCGGCUCGGCGAGCGACCCCGACCCGCCUGCCGACGACCGGAGCUCUACCGAGACAGACAGCGCCGUCAGCUACCCAGUGAUCGUCACCGUGCGGCCACUGAGUGCCACCCAGAAACUGGUGACCCUGGAGGGGCGCCUGAAGGUGCUGAACGCGCUCGACUCGGCGGUGUGGGCGGAUGUGAGGGCGGCGCCGUUCUCCCAGCUGCAGACGGUGUUGCCGCGCUCCUGCUCCCCGUCGGUGCUGUGUGACUCAGCGAGGGUACAGGUGGCGGCGAUGACGGCCGGCGCGGCGGCGGUGUACCGAGAGGUGGACCUGGCGGCCGCCGAGCCGGCGCUGCUGGCGCUGGGCGCCGUGCACGCCUGGUGCUCGGUGCUGCACGAGCCGGUGGGCGGCGCGGCCGGGUGCCGGCGCACCCUGGUGGUGCUGGCGCCCGUGUUCUGCGCGCGCUCGCUGCUGCCGGCGCCGCUGGAGCUGCGGCAGACGGCCGGCGGCGCGGUGCAGCGGCUGGACGGGCGCGGCGCCGUGCAGCAGCUGCGCUGUGACCCGGCCGCCGCCCACCAGCUCACCAUGAAGCUGAGCGCCGGCGCCGAGUGGUCCAGCCCGCCGGUGGCGCUGUCCGUGGGCGCCCUGGAGGAGGGCGCGGCCGAGCGGCCGGCGCCGCCGCUGCCCGAGCUGGCCGCCCUGCUAACCGCCGACCGGCCCGACUGGCUGCCCGACGGCGCCGGUCUGCGCACCGUCGACCAGCCCGACAUCCAGCUGGAGGUGACGGUGCGCCGCCGCUGGCCCUGGCUCAACACCCUGCUGCUGGACGUGCGGCCCACUCUGCUGGUCACAAACGAGUGCGGCGAGCCGGUGGUGGUGCGCUGCGGCGCGCGCGACGCCGCCCCCUCGCUACUGCCGCCGGCCGGCGUGCUGGCCGCCCCGGCCGCCGACGGUGCGCUCUACAUCAGCGCCCUGGUCGGCGGCGAGGAGUUCCAGGCCAGCAAACUGGUGCUGGGCGACCAGCAGUGGCCGUACCAGCGGCCGCCGCCCGGCGGGCAGGGCGUACUGCCGCCAGAGGGCGCCGUGCCCGUGGCCGCCUUCGUCCGACAGCAGGUUGCUCUGUUCAGCGUGGGUUCGUCGCGGCGCGGCGGGCUGCGUCAUGUCUACAUCCGUCCGCGGGUGGUGGUCGUCAACGAGACGGGCCGCAGUCUGCCGCUGGCCGCGCUGGCCGCCGGCGGAGCGGCAGAGCCCGGCGGCCGGCUGCCGGAGGUGCACGGCCGGCAGCUGGCGCGCGCCGCCCGGCCGCAGCCGCUGCUCUGGUGGCAGCUGGCGGCCGGUAUCGCGCCCGACCCGGCCGCCGCGCCGCUGCCGCUGCGCCUGCUGCUCGACCUGAGCGGGUGCCGGCAGCGGCCGCAGCAGCUGCCGGACGGCCGCGGCAGCCGCGUGCUGCACGGCCCCGGCCCGCAGCCGGCCGGACGCUGCCUCAACAGUCUGCUGCGGGCGGCGUACACACAGCGGGACGGCCAGACGUUUGUGACCGUCCGCGAGGAGGCGGCGCCGUUCCUGCUGGUGAAGAACGACACGGCGCUGCCGGUGACCGUCAUACAGCCGGAGCCCGCCGAGCCCGUGGAGCAGUUUGUGGCGGCCGGAGCUCCGGGCGAGGUGCCCGCCGGACACAGCCUGUACCUGCCGGAGCCGGAGCCGGCCGCCUCCGGAGCCGAGGAGGCCCACUACCGACUCCAGCUGUCGGUGGGACCCGGCGGCGGGGCGGAGAGCGGCGCGGCGGCGACCGCUGCGGCCAGCGGAGCCACCUCAGGACGGAUCCCGACCGCCGACCGUGCCACGGUGGACCUGACCUACGGUAACACGCAGUUCCUGCACGUGGCCGGCCACGACCUGACGGCGCACGUGCGCGUCCAAGGUCACACGCACCACGUGCAGCUGCGGCCCGUCAGUCGGCUGGAGGUGUCGGCGCAGGACGUGCGCGCCAGACUGUCCCGCUCAUUGGUCGGCGAGCCGGCGGCCGAGCGGCCCGCCUCGCCCAGACCCCCGAAGGCGUCCCCGCCGCUGCCGGAGACGUUGGUGGCGGAGCCGGCCGGUCCGGCGGCGCUGGUCGUCCAGCUGACCGCCGUCUGUGACCAGCUCAGUGUGGUGCUGCAGGACGACACCGCGGACGUGCGCCGCUGCCAGGAGGUGCUGCGCGUCACGGCCGACCGUCUGGCGGUGCUGCUGUGCCCGCCGGCGGCGCCCGGCGCACCGUGCCGCCUCUCGGCCUGCGUGGCCGACCUGCAGGUGGACAGCCAGCUGCCGCCGACCGCCGGCCAGCUGUACCAGGUGCUGGUGGCCGCGCAGCAGCCGCCGGCGCCGCCCGGUCACCAGCCGCCGCUCUCCGGCCUGCCGCCGCUGGCGCUCAGCGCCGCCGUCAACUCCCUGCGCCGCUCGGCGCUGCUGCUGCUCGAGCUCGGCCUGGAGCCGGGCGCGGCCGGCGGCAGUCAGCUGCGCUCGCUGCGACUGCAGGCGCGCCCGCUGCGCCUGUUUGUGGAGGACCGGUGUCACGCGGCGUACUCGGCCUACCUGCGCGGCCUGAUGGCGGCGGUGGGCGGCAGCGCGGCGCCCGAGCGGGACCUGGGCCGCGGCGGGGUGCCGGCCGAGGUGCGCGCCGAGCUGGCCGCCCUCUGCAGCCAGGUGCUGGCCGACCAGCUGACCGUGGAGCCGCUGGCGCUGACGCUCAGCGUGCGCACGCACCGGCAGCUGUACCUGUCCAUCGACGACUCGCCGCUGAGCCUGCCGGCCUUCCAGCGGGUGGGCGUGCGGACCAGUCUGGAGCGGCUGCUCGACGAGCUGGUGCACCACUACAUGUGGUCCGCCAUCUACAAAGCAGGCGGUGUGGUGGCCUCGCUGGACCUGCUCGGCGACCCGGCCGGUCUGGCGCGCUCUCUAACACUGGGCGUGCGCGACCUGGUGCAGCUGCCCUACCGGGGCCUACUGACGGGCCCGGCCGGCCUGGUGGGCGGCUGCGGCCGCGGCCUGGCCAGCCUGGCGCGCCACCUGACGGCCGGCGCGGUCAGCUCGGUCAGCGGGCUGGCCGCCGCGCUGGCACACAACCUGCACCGGCUGUCGCUGGACGCCGACCACCUGGCGCGGACCGAGGAGCAGCUGAGCGCCGCGCCGGCCGGCCUGACGCACGGCCUGCGCCAGGGCCUGACCGGGCUCGGCCUGGCGCUGCUGGGCGCCGUGGCCAGCCUGGCCGACCAGCCGCUGCAGGGCGCCAUCGAGGGCCGCUCGGCCGGCGCGCUGGUCGGCGGACUCGGCCGCGGCCUGGUGGGCGCGCUCACCAAGCCGCUCGGAGGCGCCGCCGACCUGCUGGCGCACACGGGCCAGGGCCUGCUGCACAGCGCCGGCUGGCGGCGGCGGCCGGCGCGGCGGCACCCGGACUGCGCGCGCGAGGUGUGCCGCGCCGCGCUGGCGCCGCUCUGGUACUCUGUGCAGCUGGCGGCGGACGGGCCCGUGCUGGCCGUGGCCGACGCCACCCUGGUGACGGACUCCCGGCCGCCGGCGUACGCCGCCGUCACCGUGCUCCUGCUGACCACAGAGCUGCGCCUGCUGCCCGAGACCGAGCCGGACGCACCGGACCAGGCGGCCCCCCGCGCCGCCGCUGCCUACGAGCUCUCCGACACCGACCUGGUCCCCUCGGAGACGGACCCGACCGAGACGACGCUGCGGCGCCGGCCGGGCCGCAGACGACUGUUCGGCACCGGGUUCCCGCUGGAGCUGCGGCAGCAGCUGGCGUGA